UAUGCCCAUUAAGCUGCCACUGAGUCCGCGGAACUCAGACAACAGAACCACCGAGAACACCAUCGAAGAUUCGCUGCCAAAAAGCGACGACGAAGAGCCAGCUGCAGAGCACACAGACACAGACACAGAAACUGCAACUGCAACUGCAACAACUGCCAAACCGAAGCGUUCAAAGAAAAACUGUGGGAAAUAUAAUUCGUUCAGAUAAGUUAUAAGUUUUCUACUUUCCAAACAACCAAAGAGCGCAGCACCGCAGCACCAAUCAACAACUGAAGCAACAACAUACAACGUGUUGCAACAUUCACAACUCCAGAGGAGAAGCAGCAGCAGCGGCAGCUAUCGUGAGCGUCAUAGGUGCCCUUCGCACGCCUCUGCGGAUACCAUAGUUCGAUGCAACGAUUUGAUUUCGAGAAGAGUUCGAAGAGGCUUACAAAUUACUAAGAAGAAAAAGAGCUACUAAAGACAGCUGUACUUGGUUGGUGUAAAGGAAGGUCAGAAGUCAGACAGGACUGAAAAAGAUUUUCAACCAAACACGAGCAAACAGCAAAACAACAACAAUGAUAACGAGGCUAUACAAUACCGAGGAGGAUCCCGCCUACUGCUCAUUAAUAUGGGGCUCCAAUCUCAGCAGCACCACUGAUGUCCUGGAUGGAGCAUCCAAUGCCACGCCCGUCUUUGGCACCGACUUGCGGGACGACAUCUAUCGGGAUGUGGAAGAUCCGCGUACACAAACCCUCCGCGAGUACUGCUAUGGAAUUUUUCUGCCUAUUAUCUGUGCCAUGGGAAUCAUUGGCAAUGUUCUCAAUCUAAUUGUGCUCACCCGUCGGAACAUGCGUGGCACUGCCUACAUCUAUAUGAGGGCAUACUCCGCGGCAGCACUGCUUGCGAUUCUAUUUGCAAUACCCUUCGGCAUCCGCAUGCAGGUCCACAAGGAUCGAGGCCAAUGGGAGGAGUUCGGACCCGCCUUCUACACGGCUCAUUUGGAACUUUACUUGGGCAACGGGUGCUUGGGUGUGGGCGUGAUGAUGCUACUCGUCCUGACACUCGAGCGAUAUGUCUCGGUAUGCCAUCCUGGAGUCACGCGACCCGUCAUGGGACGCCCUGGAUUGGUGGUAUUUGUGACCUCUUUGGUUACCAUCAUCGUGUACUUGCCGAGCAUCUUCCGGGGCGAGCUGAUCAAGUGCAUUCUUUCCUCUCCCGAUGUCUAUGUUUAUCUGCGACGCGACAAUACCAUAUACCAGCAGACCAUGUUCUACAAGGUGUACAAGAUCAUGCUGGAGAUGGUAUUCAAACUGAUUCCAACCAUGGUGAUUGGAGGCCUGAACUUGCAGAUUAUGAUUGUGUAUCGACGAACAUGCGAACGACGCCGCCAAAUGGUUUUGACACGGGCCAGCUCGAACUUCCACAAGGACGAUGACCCGAGGAAGUUUGCGGAGGAGCGCCGCUUAUUUCUUCUACUGGGUAGCACAUCGAUACUGUUCUUGGUCUGCGUUUCACCAAUGGCUAUACUCCACAUGACCAUCGCCUCGGAAGUUUAUCCGAGCUUCCCGUUUCAGGUCUUCCGUGCCAGUGCCAACCUCAUGGAGCUGAUCAACUACUCGCUGACCUUCUACAUCUACUGCCUCUUCAGCGAAGACUUCCGCAACACCCUCUUCCGAACGUUCAAGUGGCCCUGGCUAAAGGGACAGUUCUGCCACCAGGUGGACCUGGAGGUGAGUGCUAGCCCCCCGGCGAGUGUGGCCACAGCUGCCACUCCAGCUCAAGCAGGCAACAGUUCUAAUCCCACUACUACUGUCACUAUACCCAAACGCAUGCAACAACGAUUGCCAAAUCCGACUCGCUUUCCACAUCAAUUAGCCCGCCCAGACCGAAAGCGGCCUGCCCAUGGUGCACUUCGCUAAGGUGACUAAGCAUCCCCAUUUCAACCGCAAUAAAAUAGACACCACAUCGAGCCUUGAUCUGGGACGCUCCACCAGCAUCUAGCAUCCACAGCAUAUACUCCCCCACAUUACCACCACUAUCGUUUAAGCAUCCGAGCAUCACACAUCUAUCACGUCAUCUAACAAACCUUUUACGCUCUAUAUACUCCACACUCCAAAGAUCGAGGCCGAGGCCGAGGCAGAGGCCGAGUCCGACUUACCCUGUCAAACUGAAGCGCCACACUUGACCCGAUAACGAAAGCGAAUUCACGAAGGAAAACAUAAUGAUUGAAUGUGUUUUUUUUUUUUGGUAGUGAACCCUUAGUAUUUCUAGGCAUAAGUCAUAAUUGAGAAACAAAUUAGAGAUGUCCACACAUAGAUAGCAUUCCAUACACAUACCCAAUUAUGUUAGGAUAGAAUAUACGUCAACAUAUUAGAAGCUUGCUCGAAGAACUAGGGAGCCGAAGGAUGACUCGCAACGAGCUUCGCUACAGAUAAACAAGUGGGACAGGAGAGCUUAGCUGCAGACAGAUGAGAUCGACAAAUGGGAGAAAUAAAGACAAAAAGGAAGACUUUGGAGCUUCGAUAUUCCUUACGGUAUGCCGCUGAGUACUUCCGGUUUGUUAUCUUCGAUACGAUAUCUGUUACGAAAUGUUGCAGAGAGAUGAAGAAAGUAAUAGAAACUGAUCGGUAUUCAGGAUUCAGUUAAAAACGACACUUGAUAUAUGUAUUAUGUAUAUUAUAAAACAAAAAGUGAUAAGUGAAAAUACGAUUUUCGGAAUGAAAUUAAAAACGUUAUCUAAAAGAUAGUUUAUUUAGAUGUUUAUGUGUGUGUGAAUGUUCGUUUGUGUGUGCUACACAGUCGGUAGAUUAAUUUGGCAAGCAACAAAAAUAAUGUAUAGACACAGACAGACAGACAUAUGUACAUCGCAUACAUCGUAUAUUGACAAACAGAGAGACAUUUGUACAGAUUAUCAUACAAUGAUGAUACACAAAUACAUACAAUACUAUACUAUAACCUGAUUUAUAAAUGUUUAAGUCCAUAUUAAAGAAACCAAUGGAAUAUUUGUGUGAAACGCGUAUUUAUGUAUACACUUGUCUAACUGUAAGAUAGGAUAUAUGUACUAUGUACCCCUAUAUAUGUAUUUACUUGUAUAUCUGCAUAACGUAUCAAUUGAUAUAAGUGCGAAGGCUUAAGUCUAAAUUGUCUCAGAAAUUGAUGGUAGAUAGAUCCUAAGCACCUUUUGUCUGACGAAUUUGAAUUGUGUUCUUACCUAAUUAAUUGUAACUACUGUAAAUAAAUGUACAUUUAGUUUUAAAUUAGCUGUUUAAGUUAGCUAGUUUACUGUUUCCAGGGUUUGAACUUAGAGCCCAGCAUAGGUUUUUUGGGCUUUUUUUAUUUAUAUUUUUGUCAGUCAUUUCUUGCACCACGAUAACCAAACUAAAUGUGUGUCCCGCCUGUCCACUUAAGAAACCCUCCUUACUGCUAUGAAAUGUCUAUUUACAGUGGCCCAAAGCAUUUAGGAAUCACUCAGCUAAAGUAAUAAAUUGCACUACAUACUCAUAUCCGAAAACCACAAAAAAUAGUAUUAAUAGAUAAAAGCAACGAUGUGAAAUGCAAUAUGUUAAUGCAUGAUGCCUGAUUCAAGCAAUGAAAUGAGCUAAGUUCUACAUUUGAUGGCCUUUCUUUCGACAAACUUAUUGAAAUGUAUCCAAGAAGGCAGGAGAAUAUUCAGUUCGAGAUCAAAUAAUCGCGCACACUCAUCAUCUCAUACAUAAUCAUAACUAUCCUCUGAAUGGAAUGUUGCCUUAUGGCAACUCCAAGCAGGAUUACAACUGAAAGGAACCCCCAAAUGUUGGCAUAAAAGAACUGCCAGAAACUGCUAAAGAAUGUGUAGGAGCUGCUUGCCAUUCAGGGGGAACA